AUGAACAAGCGAUCGAAGAGACAUCCAAGAGAUUUCGAGCUGAUGGAUGAGAACAUCGUUGGCAUUUACCUCUCGGAGCAACCGUUAUGCGAUACGAAUCAAACAACAAGAGAUGAUGAACCGAAACUGCGGCGCUUCGUCAACGACCAAGAAAGCAUUCAGCAACCCCGUCUGGUCGGCAGUGGAAUACACGGCGUCGUGAUUUUGGCAGUCAUCAAAGGCGCUGAAUAUGCCUUGAAAAUCUUCAAGGAAUGGAAGCAACCCGGUCCUGUUUUCUAUUCAUAUGAUCGCGCCAUCUACGUAUCUCCGCUUGCUUGCGAAUGCAGGGCUUAUGCUCGGCUCGACUCAAUCAACGAGAAUGGAACAUGGGCUGCCAAGUGUUACGGUUGGAUGAGGUUAUCCGAUGCACAGUUCAAUCUGCUUGGGAAUACUAUCGAUACCUGCGGGUUGAGCCGAUGGGUCGUCGUCAAAGAAUACAUAUCAUCCCCGACAAACACGAGCCACCUCCAGACGAUCUCCGAGAAUUUCAAAAUCCCCCAAGCGGCGAGGAUAUACCCUGGCGACAUCAGGCCUCCAAAUUACAGAGGAUCAAAGAUCGUCGAUCUCUCAAGCACUUUGACAGACCCGUGUCCGGAGUGGUCGGAAUUUUGCUUCGGCUUCUUCUACGAGAAUCUUGUCCAUGGUGUUUUUGAUUGGUUCAACGACGAGUAA